CUGAGCACGGACAUGGGAGACCGCUGCACCCAGCUCCUGGCCGUGCUCCUCCUGCUGGGGCUGUGUGCCCUGGGGGGGGCCCAGAAACCUGACCCCUGCCAGUGCACACGCCUGAGCCUCAAGAACAGGGUGAAUUGCGGCUUCCCUGGCAUCACCAGCGACCAGUGCUUCUCCGCCAGCUGCUGCUUCAACUCCAGCAUCUCCGGGGUCCCCUGGUGUUUCAAGCCCCUCCCCAAGCAAGAGUCGGAGGAGUGCGUCAUGGAGACCUCGGCCCGCGUGAACUGUGGCUACCCGGGCAUCAGCCUCGAGGAGUGCGCCUCUAGGAAGUGCUGCUUCUCCGACACCAUCCCCCAAGUGCCCUGGUGCUUCUUUCCGCUCUCCGUGCAAGGUAAUGUCCAGCUCCUGGACCAGGAGGAUUCUCGAGGGUGGGGGGAGCUGGGGAGGGGGAGGUCCUAG